CUUCCAUGGCGGCCGUGGAGGGUCUGACGUUCUUACAGACUUCUCGAGCGGGGCACGGGACACAGCUGCACUACCAGCGAGCUUACACCGACUUCCUGGACUGGAGCCAGGGGGAGAAGCUGAGGCUCAGCACCGUGGUCGACUUAGACCGGGCCCUCGCCAGCUAUCUGGAUCACCUGUUCUUCGACGGUUGGAACCGGGACCAGGGCGAGAAGACCUCGGCUGCUGUCCUCUUCUUUCAUCCGAGUCAGGGCUUGAAGCGGCCGGGGGCCCUGGAGGGCAGCCGGGCCGCACUCAAGGGUUUCAAGAAGAUGGCUCCUGGCAAGACCCGCAGACCGCUUCCCAAGCAGGGGGUCUUCGCGAUCAUCGGGGCCGGCGUGUUCUGCGGCUUGCUCGACUUUUGCCUCGGCCUCCUCGUCGCCUGGGACGCGUACCUCAGGUUGCCCAGCGACCUGAUUGGCAUGGUGGGCGGAUCCCUGGUGGCGCCAGCUCGUCAGAGCCGGAUCAACAGGUGGGCCAUUCUGCUGUUCCCCGAGGAGCUGCCCGACCGGAGCAAGACGGGCCACUUCGACGAGGGGAUGGUGCUAGAGUCGGACGCCGUGCAGAGCGUGAGCUUCGCCCUGAGUGCCCUGAAGGCGCGGAGCCAGAAGGACAAGCCCCUGCGGCCUUUCUCCGGCCCAAGGUUCCGCCGGGACUUCGCCGCGUGCGCCAGCCUGGCGGGGCUCGACGACGUGCGCCCGUACCAGGUCCGCCGCGGGGCCGCCUCCCACGACGUGCUGUUCAAAGUGAGGGAGUUCGGGGCGGUCCAGGAGCGGCUCAGGCACCUGAGCGAGUCCAGCACACGGCGGUACCGCAAGGGGACCCGCUACCUGGCCGAGUGCGAGAAGCUGUCUCCCGAGAUCAAGGCGUUCGGCGAGUGGGUCGAGGCCAACCUCGCCGGCCUCUUCUCCGGGCGGCUGCGCUGCCAA